GCGUUGUCUAUCUUCUCAAGAAGCUUGUUAAAUAACAUGUUAUGAUAGUCUAGUUUCACCAUGGGGCUGACGAAACAGUAUCUCCGCUACUCACAGAGUGCGACAUUUGGCGUAGUAGGCACUCAGAAGGCCAACGUCUUGUUCGUUGAACUCCGCGGUGUCCGGGGGAAGUAUGCCGCCACCGCAGCCUGCGAACACGUCUUUGUGUGGGACUUGCGCAAAUCUGAAAAGAUGCUGGUCCUGCAGGGUGACAAAUCUGAAGUCUCCGUUUUGGCCAAGAGUCCGCAGGGCCAGAUCUUGGCCGUAGGCUACGCCGAUGGAAUGGUCAAGGUCUUCAGCCUUACUACAGGGGAAGUGACCGUCACGUUCAGCGGUCACAAGUCGGCCGUCACGGCGCUCAGCUUUGAUCAAAGGGGGCUCCGACUAGCGUCAGGUUCCAAAGACACAGACGUGAUCAUAUGGGACGUGGUUAACGAGAGUGGUCUUUACCGACUCAAAGGCCACAAGGGAGUGGUCACCCAGUGUCAAUUUAUGAAAGAACGCAACAUUCUCAUCACAAGUUCGAAAGACACUUUUGUCAAGUUCUGGGACAUGGACACCCAGCAUUGUUUCAAGACGCUGGUUGGUCACAGGACAGAGGUGUGGGACUUUGUUCUCUUAGGUGCUGACCAGAGGCUAGUGACUGGGGCGGGGGACAGUGAGCUCCGAGUCUGGGAUAUAACCUUCCAAGAUGAGGAGUCCAAAGAGGGCGCCGAGCAGCCAGCUAAGAAGCAGAAGUUGUCCUCCAUCGUUCAUGACGAGGAAGACGAAGAGGAAGAAGAAACGAGCAUUCUCAGUUGCAAGUGUGUGGGGUCCAUCGUGCGUAAAGGUCGUCAGCGAGCCGUUUCUCUAACAAUCGACAGUGCAGGAAGGGUGCUGUGUUGUCAUGGUGCCGAUUGUUGGUUAGAGGUCUUUCUGGUCCUGACUAGCGAAGAGAAGACGAAACUUCUCAGUAAAAGACAGAAGAAAGCUAGAAAGAAGAGCAGGGAAAGUGUAACGAACGGAGAAAACAACGAAGAAAUUCCAGAGUUGCUGGCAGUGAAAGAUGAAAUUCAGCCUCGCUGCGUUCUGAAAGCUUCCAGCAAAAUACGGUCAUUUGCGGCCAUCUUAGAGAACGAUGCCACAGCUGUCAAGCUCGUCUUGCAGCUGCACAACAACUCGCUAGAGACCCACAUCUUCCAGUCCUUAGAGGGCAGACAUUGGGAUGCGGAGAAGCAGGGCGCGGUCGCCCUCCCCGGUCACCGGUCAGAUGUGCGGACAGUAGCCUUCAGCUCGGACAACACCACCGUGCUGACCGGCGCUGGCGAGUCCGUCAAAAUCUGGAACAGAGCGACCCAGCAGUGUAUCCGAUCCAUGAAGUCUGGCUACGCACUCUGCUCUGCCUUUGUGGUCAGUGAAAGGCACUGUGUGAUAGGCACAAAGACGGGCCACCUGGAGUUGUUUGACAUUGCAGCGGGUGUUCUGCUGGAGAGAGUCGAGGCACAUGAGGGCGCCCUUUGGUCCAUCGCCACAUCACCAGACAAGAGAGGUUUUGUUACAGGCAGCGCAGACAAGACCCUCAAAUUCUGGGAUUUUGAGCUAAUCAAGGACGAAGAUGCCCAGUCUAGCAAACGACUGACGGUAGUCCACAGACGUACCUUACAGAUGCCAGACGACGUUCUGUGCGUCAAGUUUACGCCAGAUCAGAAACUGAUAGCGGUGGCUCUACUAGACUCCACCGUUAAGGUCUUCUUUGCUGACACUCUUAAGUUUUUCCUGGCUUUGUACGGACACAAGCUGCCUGUGUUAGCAAUGGAUAUCUCAUCAGACAGUACUUUGAUUGUGACAGGCUCGGCAGAUCGGAACGUCAAGAUCUGGGGGUUGGACUUCGGAGAUUGUCACAGGUCCAUGUUUGCCCACGAUGACAGCAUCAUGAGCCUUCAGUUUGUACCCAACACCCACUUGUUUUUCAGUGUUGGCAAGGACAAGAAGAUCAAGCAAUGGGACGCUGAUCACUUUGAGCAGAUCACAACAUUGGAAGGCCAUCAUGCUGAAGUCUGGUGUUUGGCCGUCAGCCCAAAUGGAAACUACCUGGUCUCUGGGUCACACGACAAGUCGCUACGUCUUUGGGAGCGGACCCAGGAGCCUCUUGUUCUUGAGGAGGAGAGAGAAAUGGAGAGAGAGAAGGCUGCGGAGGAGGCUUUGUCUCAUGAGGAACGACCCACGCUCCCAGGUCAGAGGUCAAACAGCGAGGUCGGGGCGGCCGGACGACAGACUGCCGAUACUGUCAAAGCUGCCGAACGAAUCAUGGAGGCUUUGGAGCUGUACAAGGAGGAAACGGCCAAAGAGGAAGAGCACGAGGAAAUACGGAGAGCCAGCAAGAAAGAGAUUCCUCCAAUGAAAAAGCAUCCAAUUCUGCAAGCUUAUGGCAACAUUUCGCCAACAAGAUAUGUUCUUGAGGUGAUCAGGAAAGUCAAGUCCAGUGAGCUAGAAGAGUCUUUGUUGGUGAUACCGUUCAGCUAUGUACUGGAGCUCCUACCUCUACUUGAGACAUUCAUCAGCUCAGGAUGGGAGGUGGAACUAGCCUGCAGGUGUCUUCUGUUUCUAAUAAGGGUUCACCAUGGUCAGAUCACAUCCAGUCAGUCUCUGCUACCGAUCAUAGACAGAUUACGUAGCACCUCCAUGCAACAGGUGCAUCAGAUGAGGGAUCGGAUCGGGUUCAACCUUGCCGGUUUGCAGUUUCUCCAGCGGGAGCUGGAGUCCAGGCAAGAGGUGCAGCUCUUCGGCGACGCCACGGCCAAGAUGAAGGACAAGAACAAGAAGAGAAAGCGGAAACUCAUGAUCACCUUGACAAGUUGAAAUAAUUAGGAAUUCCCUUAACUUUAAUUCUAGGUUUUUAUUGCCAGAAACUAACCUUUUUUUCCCAGCCAAAAUCCACCAGGGCUGAGCUGAAUGCAUGUACAGCAAACAUCUAAAUAGUUGAUCAUCUACCAAAUAUCGGAAUACUCUUUUACCAAAUAUCGGAAUACUCUUUUACCAAAGUCAAAAUCAUGUGAGCCGUGUCGAGAAGACGACGAAAGAGUCCAUGAGGUAAUUGUCUUCAUUAAGUUGAGCGGUUUUAUUUUUUUGUUAAAUUUUGUGUGGACAGCCACUUUACAUGCUGAUAUGAGGGCAAGUUCUGUGAGGAAUAUUAGCACUAAUUUGUAUCUUUAAAAUCUGUCAGCUUUCUCAACAAAUAUAUGAUAUUCAUAAAGUUUUUAACCUCAUGUCAAUCAAAUUAUAUUGAUGCACACAGAAUGGAAUGUCCUCCGAGUUUAGCAAUGUCGCAUUUUGUUUUUCGUCUUGGACAGACACUUAAUAUGCAUCUGUGCUCAAAUUCUGCUGCUUUAUGUCACUUCAAAUUCAACCACCAUAGUAUUGCAGUCAUUUUAUUUCGGAUAGUCUAUGUACAUUGCUAUUGAAUAAUGACAGACUUUAAUAAUUGUAUACAUGUACAUUUAAAGCGUCUAGCAGUUGCAUAGCACAAGCCUGAUAUACAAUGUGCAUGCAUUUCUAAAAUAUAACAGGAAACAUCUUCAUCAAAUUUCUGUCAACAUAUCUGUAUUUGUUUCUUUCUGAAGCUAGCAUUUAUGUAGGCAAGCCUUUAAGCGACAUUUACAAGCUGAAGAUGAAAACUAACAAUUAAUAAUACUUUUUAUUUUAGCACCAAAUUAAAUAUAAUCUGUUACAGUUAAUACCUUAGAUGCCAUUUUUUUUAAGUCGUCAACAACACAAUAAAGUUGUGUAUGGCACCACAAA